UCGUACUCCCACAAAGAUUCACUAAAACGUUACCCAAAAAAAAAAAAAAAAAAAAUGUCACCAAAAGCCUCUCUUCUCUCCUCCGGACAGCCUGCUCUCAGCCUCUCAGUGGCUAACCUUCUUGUGUCAGUAGAGCUUCUUCGUGGGAAGCCGAAAGAAAAUGGUGGCCUUUGUACUGGCCUUCACUCCCACAGUUUCCCGCUUUAAUUUGCUUCUGAAACGUUCUCUUCCUCACACAGGUCGUCGGUCCUUGACCUGCCUGAGACCACAAAAUCGAAUACAACGACCCACUCUAUCGCCUGUGAUUUCUUCCUUGGGUUCUCGUGCAGUUUGUUUCUCUAUUUCCAGUCUCAAUUCCUCAAAGGUCCAGAAUGGAACUUCAGGAACUGAUAAAGAUUUGGUUGUUCUUGGCAUUGAGACUAGUUGCGAUGACACCGCCGCCGCUGUCGUUCGAGGCAACGGAGAAAUCCUUAGCCAAGUUGUGUCUUCUCAGGCAGAUUUAAUUGCACGGUAUGGAGGUGUUGCUCCUAAAAUGGCAGAAGAAGCACACUCACAAGUUAUUGAUCAGGUAGUUCAACAAGCACUUGAAGAAGCAAAUUUGGCUGAGAUGGAUCUUUCUGCAGUAGCUGUUACUAUUGGCCCGGGUUUAAGCCUAUGUCUACGUGUUGGUGUUCGGAAAGCUCGGAAAGUUGCUGGGAAAUUCAAUCUACCAAUUGUUGGUGUUCAUCACAUGGAAGCUCAUGCUUUGGUUGCCAGGCUAAUGGAGGAAGAGUUGCGAUUUCCAUUCUUGGCCCUUCUAAUUUCAGGAGGACAUAAUCUCCUUAUUCUUGCACAUGAUGUUGGCCAAUAUGUACAACUUGGGACAACGAUUGAUGAUGCAAUUGGUGAAGCCUAUGACAAGACAGCAAGAUGGCUUGGCCUUGAUAUGAGAAGAGGUGGUGGACCAGCUCUGGAAGAGCUCGCUCAAGAAGGUGAUGCACACUCCGUCAAAUUCUCGGUCCCAAUGAAGCAACAUAAGGAUUGCAAUUUCUCUUAUGCUGGUUUGAAGACUCAAGUGAGGCUGGCAAUUGAAUCCAGAAAUGUCGAUAAUGAAAUACCAAUUUCUUCUUUAAACUGCAAAGACAGAAGCACCCGAGCAGAUAUAGCUGCUUCUUUCCAGCGAGUUGCAGUACUGCAUUUAGAAGAAAGGUGUGAGCGAGCAAUUGAAUGGGCAUCGAAUCUUGAACCUUCUAUUAAAUUUUUGGUGGUGUCAGGAGGUGUUGCUUCAAAUAAGUAUGUUAGGACUUGCCUUGAUGAGGUUGUAAAGAAGAAGGGUCUGCAACUUGUGUGCCCUCCUCCAAACCUUUGUACGGACAAUGGUGUUAUGGUUGCUUGGACUGGCAUUGAACAUUUUCGCUUGGGAAGAUAUGAUCCGCCACCGCCUCCUGAUGAGCCAGAAGAUUCUGUGUUUGAUUUGCGGCCAAGAUGGCCACUUGGGGAGGAAUAUAGUGAAGGCAGAAGUGAAGCUCGCUCGAUGAGAAGAGCCCGGAUACAUCCAUCGCUUACAUCUAUCAUUCAAGCUUCUCUGCAACAAUAAUCAUAAUCUAUGCCGCAGCUCCACUCAUCACAUUACUCAAAAGCGAUGCCAAAACUCUGUAGAUCGAGCCAGAGCUGGAGACGAUCGUGGUAGUUGAAACCUGCAACUUCAGGAUGCUGAGAAGGCCAGUGCGAGGGAUCAUAGGGUAACAAUGAUUGAAGCAUUCAAACUUUAAGCAUUGGAAAUUUUAGGUAGAGAAUCAAAGCAGAAAAAGAGUGUCCAUUGUUUCUUGAUCAAGAUCAACUUGGGAAAAUGGCUGAUUCGUCUUAUUAGCAGUCUUAUUGGAGAAUAUGGAUCUGUAAAUUUAAUGGAUCAAGGGAACUUAAAGGUCGAUUUCAACAAAAAAGACAAUCCCAAUAUAUAUUGGGAAAAGUUUUCGCAUCAA